AUCCUCUAAACUCCUCAGAUCCUCAUUCCUUCUCUCAACCGUUGACUAAAUUAGGGAUUGUUAAACACCAAUUUAGAAGCACCGAGUUAUAAAACAAGGUUAUUUAAACUGGUGGUUGGGAUUGGAAUUGGAAUUGCUGCAAGUCCGGAACUCUGUUUUGGAUAGAAGUGGUAUCGUGAAGAAUCAAAGGCUCCGUGCCUGAUAUCAACGAUACCAACUCCUCACUUGUACUGGGAGAGCAGACAUGUCAACGGUUUAAUCUUGCCCAUAUUCAAUUAUCAAGAUAUGAAUAGAUGGAGUCCUUCGUAAUUUACUCUAGAAUUCUAUUAAAACUACUGAGCGCAAUGCCGACACCCGGAUGAAUCCAUCUGGCGACCAAUUUUUUGGACGGGGGAAACAUAUGAACAGAAAGUCAACAAGCGGCCUGGAAUCAUGAGGUAUCGAGUUGGGGUUCCGUCAAGUUCAACCAGGUUUUGGAACAUUUUUCACUCACCUCGUAAUCCUCUCCUUUUUUUUUUCUCCUAGUUGUCUCUACUCUCAACAUGAACAUUGCAAGAAGACAAAAAAACCUACCUUUAAUCCUUUCUUCGACAAUUUAGAAACACAGGAUUCUCAAAAUUGGUAGUUGGGAUUGGAAUUUGAAGUCUAUGUUUUCUGAUUCUAGUGCAAAAAUUAGGCGUAACUAACCGCACAAAAACCACACAAAACUAUCAGUUGUUCACCCGCAAAUCCGGAGCUCUGUUUCAGAUAGAAGUGGUAUCGUGUAGAAUCAAAGGCCCAGGCCCGGUGCCCGAGAAUGUCAGAUGUACCUAUCACGAAUACCAACUCCUCACUCCUACUGGGAGAGCAGACAUGUCAACAGUUUACUCUUGCCGAGAUUCAAUUGGCAACCAACAACUUUGACGAGACUUUAGUAAUUGGGCAAUGUUUAUAAAUGUCCCAUCAAGAUAGGGUUAGUAAGAGAAGUUGCAGUUAAAAGGUUGCACUCCAUGUCCACCCAAGGGGCCCAUGAAUUUGAGGCAGAAGUUAAGGUUCUUUCUAAGCUGCGGCAUGGUAAUCUUGUAUCUCUGGUUGGUUAUUGCAAAAAAGGAAAUGAGAUGCUCAUAGCUUAUGAGUUAAUGCCCAAUGGGACACUUAAAGAUCAUCUUUGCAAAGCUGAUUCCACAUUAUCUUGGUUACAACGACUCAAGAUAUGCGUAGGUGCAGCUCGGGGAUUAGACUACCUUCACACAGGUACAUCAACACAAAAUGGAGUUAUACAUCGCGAUGUGAAGACGUCCAAUAUUUUGUUGGAUGCAAACUUUGCUGCUAAAAUUUCAGAUUUUGAUGCAAAUCUGUGAAGCAGGAUGGUAAAUUCGUUAGCAAAUCUGAUUAUAGUGCUCACCAUAUCCAGAAAUCUACAACAUGAAAUAUCAGAACAUUCACAUACGAUGAGUUGGUAAGUAUAACAAAUGAUUUCAAAGACAUGGAGCGUUCUCCAACUUCUAAUGGAUCCAUUUACAAAGGUUGGGUUGAUGAAAAGUCAUAUGGUCCUACAGAAUCUGGUGUUGGUUUGGCAAUAUAUGUUAGGAAGGAGGAGAUUCUAACCUGGAAGUUGGACUUGAAACUAUUAGAAUUUUGUCAUCCCAAUAUUACCAGACUCUUGGGAUAUUGCUUGGCUAAUGUAACUAUGUUUUGGGUAUACGAGCUCAUUCCAGCGAUACGUUUAGAUGAUCAUCUAUUCAAAGCAGCACCAAAUACAACUCCACUUUCUUGGGCUGCACGAUUGAAAAUAGCACAAGGAGCAGCUCAAGGCCUGUCUUUCUUCCAUCAGAGGAAUCGUCCAGCGUAUAACAAUUUUGAGGGCAAUCUUAUAUUGGUGGACAGGGAUUUUAAUGCUCGGCUUUGCGAUUAUGAAAUAGACAAUUUACUUGCCCCACCUGGCUGCUCUACUUUCGAAAGAGACAAAUUGGAUGGUCUUUUUGGACCUGUGCGUGGAGAUGAAUCUGGAGUGUAGAGUGAGAUCUAUGCUUUUGGAGUGGUACUGCUGAAAAUGCUAAUUGGGAUGAAGGAGUAUGAUGAAAGGAUACCCCUCGAACAGAAAAAUUUGAUGGAAUGGGCUACUCCAUUGCUUAACAAAUAAGGUAAAUUUGGGAACAAUUAUGGACCCACAACUUCAGCAUAAUAAUCAUCUUCCAAAGGGAGCAUUCGAGUUGGCUCAACUUGUUUCAAAGGGUCUUCAACCAACUCGUGACAAAAAUCUGUCAAUUGAAGAUAUCUCGCAAGUCUUGUAUCAAUGCUAUCGAAAUGAAAUCAUAUCGGGU